AGAGGCGGUGACAUAGGCGGGGGCCUGGGCGCGGGACGGGCGCACCCAGAGGCGCAAUGCUCUCGGGUCGCAGCGGGGCGGGCGAGCUGCGGGGGCUUCAACGCUGACCCACCUCACUCGAACCCGGGUCCGGGCGCCUGGUGGGGGGCGGGGCGGCCGGCCGGAAGCGGCGGGGCCGCGGGCGGGUGCGAGAGGAAGCGGGGCUGCGGUUCCGGCGCGAGGGGUCCCGGGCGGGGCUGGCGCGGGGUGGGAUCGCGGAGCCCGCCUCGGGGUCCCUGCGCCUGGCCCGCAGAGCCCGGGCGGCGGCCAGGCCGCCACCAUGGGCCAGUGCCACCACAACGAGACCAUCGUCUUCUUCUACAACAACAGCGGCAAGGAGCUGGCGACCCACUGGCGGCCCAAGGACGCGGUGGUGGUGGCGCUGGGGCUGACGGUCAGCCUGCUGGUGCUGCUGACCAACCUGCUGGUCAUCGCGGCCAUCGCCUGCAACCGCCGCUUCCACCAGCCCAUCUACUACCUGCUGGGCAACCUGGCGGCCGCCGACCUGUUCGCGGGCGUGGCCUACCUCUUCCUCAUGUUCCACACCGGCCCGCGCACGGCGCGCCUCUCGCUGGACGGCUGGUUCCUGCGCCAGGGCCUGCUGGACGCCAGCCUCACAGCCUCGGUGGCCACGCUGCUGGCCAUCGCCGUGGAGCGCCACCGCAGCGUCAUGGCCGUGCAGCUGCACAGCCAGCUGCCCCGAGGCCGGGUGGCGCUGCUCAUCGCCAGCGUGUGGGCGGCCGCGCUGGGCCUGGGGCUGCUGCCCGCCCGCCUGUGGCACUGCCUGUGCGCGCUGGACCGCUGCUCGCGCAUGGCCCCGCUGCUCAGCCGCGCCUACCUGGCCGCCUGGGCGCUGUCCAGCCUGCUGGUCUUCCUGCUCAUGGUGGCCGUGUACACGCGCAUCUUCCUGUACGUGCGGCGCCGCGUGCAGCGCAUGUCUGAGCACGUCAGCUGCCACCCCCGCUACCGGGAGACCACGCUCAGCCUGGUCAAGACGGUGGUCAUCAUCCUGGGGGCGUUCGUGGUCUGCUGGACGCCGGCCCAGGUGGUGCUGCUCCUGGACGGGCUGGGCUGCCAGUCCUGCAACGUGCUGGCCGUGGAGAAGUACUUCCUGCUGCUGGCCGAGGCCAACUCGCUGGUCAACGCCGUGGUGUACUCGUGCCGGGACGCCGAGAUGCGCCGCACCUUCCGCCACCUGCUCUGCUGUCUGUGUCGCCGCCGGGCCCCCCAAGAGGCCACCCACUAUGUGCCCUCCGUGCGGCCCAGCGCCAGCACCCGCAUCAUGCUGCCCGACAACGGCUGCCCGCUCAUGGACUCCACCCUCUAGCGGCCCCGGGACCCGGGACCCGGGGCCUAGGCCUGCGCUGGGGGACAGCCUGUGCGCUCGGGACGCCUCGGCCUCGGUGCAGCCUGCCACCGUGCCUGCCUACCCCCAGAGCCCGGCGGUGGGCACUCAGCCCUGC